UUCCGCUAGGCUUCCCCGUGCCUUUCCCUCGCGCCGCGCCUCCCGCCGCCUCCCACCGCCGCCGAACUUGAUGUGCCCAGCCUGCCCCCGACACCCGGCCUGACGCGGCGGCGCCCCGCUCCUCACGGGCCUACGUAGCCCUCGGGGGCGCCCCGCUCACCCACCUCGGGGCCCGGCGCCCGCCCACGCACGGCGUUCUCCUCACCGCGUCUCCCUCGCCAUGAGCAACCUGAAGCCGGACGGCGAGCACUGCACCGGCACGGGCCCCGGCGGCCCCCUGGAGGAGGAGGUCCGGACACUGUUCGUCAGUGGCCUCCCUGUGGAUAUUAAACCUAGAGAACUCUACCUGCUCUUCCGGCCAUUCAAGGGCUAUGAAGGGUCCUUGAUCAAGCUCACCUCAAGACAGCCUGUUGGUUUUGUGAUCUUUGACAGCCGGGCAGGAGCAGAAGCAGCCAAAAAUGCAUUGAACGGUAUUCGCUUUGAUCCUGAGAACCCACAGACUCUGAGGCUAGAGUUUGCCAAAGCCAAUACCAAGAUGGCCAAGAGCAAGCUAAUGGCGACACCAAAUCCCACUAAUGUUCACCCUGCCCUUGGAGCACAUUUGAUCGCGCGGGACCCCUAUGACCUGAUGGGGGCUGCUCUGAUCCCUGCGUCCCCAGAGGCCUGGGCCCCUUACCCUCUCUACACCACAGAGCUGACUCCAGCCAUCUCACAUGCUGCGUUCACCUACCCAGCUGCCACUGCUGCUGCUGCUGCUGCUGCCCUACAUGCUCAGGUUCGCUGGUACCCCUCCUCUGAUACCACUCAGCAGGGAUGGAAGUAUCGCCAGUUCUGCUAGCUCCACUGUCUUGUCACUGCAGAGUUGGUUCUGGGACUUGUGUGGUUGGGACCAAAUAAAGGCCCUGCCCUUCCACUGCCCCCUCGGCCUGUGCAGAGCUGCUGCUUCUCUCCAGACACUGUGAAUCUGAAGCCUGACUCAAUGGACUGCACCUGUUUCCUUCUUCAGUCCUGUUCUAAGGCCUCCCUAGAGGGUCAGGGGCCUUCUUACUGGGAUACCCAAGCCAAGCUGCUUAGAGGCCUCACUGGGACCCAGCAUGGCCUGACCUCCUACCCAAACUUGCUUCUCUAACUCUCCCUCAAGGAAAUGAGGCAUUUAUUUUGCAUUUUUACUCCAGCAAUUGUGAC